AUGUUGGAGACCAGAGAGGGAGGAGAGCUGCCCAAUACCCUGACUGAAAUGUUCAUCCACUUCCUGGUGGUUCAGACCAAAGUGAAGAAGGUCAAGUAUGAUGGAGGAUCUGAGACAGAUCCACUCUGUGAGCAGCCUCAGUGUACUCAGGAGUGUUCACAGAUCUUUAGAGAGGAGAGAGGGCUGUACCAGGACAAGGUGUUCUGCUUCGUCCAUCUGAGUGUUCAGGAGUUUCUGGCUGCUCUUCAUGUCCAUCGGACCUUCAUCAAGGAUGGAGUUAAUCUGAUGGAAGACCAGAAAAAUAUUUCUUCUUUGUCUAAACACAUUUUCUCUUGGUUGAAAUUAUUUUAUGAGCCAAAUCUAACAAGUCUCCAUCAGAGUGCUGUGGACGAGGCCUUACAGAGUCCAAAUGGACACCUGGACUUGUUCCUCCGCUUCCUCCUGGGUCUUUCAGUGGAGAACAAUCAGACUCUCCUGCAAGGUCUGCUGACAAAGACAGGAAGUAGCUCACAGACCAAUGAGGGAACAGUUCAGUACAUCAAGGAGAAGAUCAAUGAGAACCUGUCUGCAGAGAAAAGCAUCAACCUGUUCCACUGUCUGAAUGAACUGAAUGAUCGUUCUCUGGUCCAGGAGAUCCAACAGUCUCUGAGUUCAGGAAGUCUCUCCACAGAUAAACUGUCUCCUGCUCAGUGGUCAGCUCUGGUCUUCAUCUUACUGUCAUCAGGAGAAGAUCUGGAUGUGUUUGACUUGGAGAAAUACUCUGCUUCAGAGGAGGCUCUUCUCAGGCUGCUGCCAGUGGUCAAAGCUUCAAACAAAGUUCUGUAAGUUCUGACAGAAUUUGGGUUUUGAUACCAGGAGCUAAAACCAGGAAAGAGUGACUAUUAUCCUGGAUGUUCUGCUCAACAACUAAGGAUUUAUUAGAAAGAAUAAAUGUUAAUGUUUGACUGUCAGUUCUCUUAAAAUGUGUUUAAUUAAAAUAAACACUUGUUAAGUUGUUUUAGAAACUAUUUUACAUUUUUAUCCCACAUGACCCGACUGACACUUAGAAUCUGGUACCAAAAUGGUUCCUCUCAUAACAGUGGAAUAA